CCUUCAAAUUUCAAAUCCCCCACCCAACCCACCUUCCAUAAACCCAGAGAACUCGUCUUCCAUCUUCUAUCAGCGGAAUCAAAGGAAGCCCAAGAAGGAAGGAAGAUGGCUCUUAGAUCCCUCGACAACGCUCUCCCAGCCACCAUCGAGAGGCCCAAAAAGAUCACGAAGGUCGCUGCUCCCGCGGCAAAGAUCUCUGCUCCUGCCGAGGUUCCUCGAGGUUCAGUCAUGAAUGAUGAGAACGCGGCACCUCCGCCGAAGGUUGUGGAGCAGUGCUUGGAGUACACCGCUUCAGAAGACCUCAAGGCCCUGCCUGACCCCGAAACCAAGAUCGCGAGUUUGUUGGAGGAACUGGAAUCAAGAGACUGGCUAAAAGUGUGUGCAGCUUUGAAUGAUGUUCGCCGGCUCGCACUUCAUCACUAUUCUUAUCUUCUUCCGAUCCUGGGAAAUGUGAUGCUGGUAAUUGUGAAAGCAAUGAAAAAUCCAAGAAGUGCAUUGUGCAAGACAUCGAUCAUGGCUUGUACCGAUAUCUUUCAUUCCUUUGGGAAUAUUUUGCUAUCUACCUCCGAGGAGUCUGCUUUUGAUCAGCUGUUGCUGCAGCUUCUGCUGAAAGCAUCUCAAGACAAGCGUUUUGUAUGCGAAGAAGCUGAGAAGUCACUGGAGAAAAUGGCUGUUUCUGUGCCUCCUCUUCCAUUACUCAAGAAGCUCCAAUCUUACGUUAAUCAUUCUAACCUUAGGGUGAGGGCCAAGGCUGCUGUUGCCAUAUCGAAAUGCGUCUCCAAGAUGGGCAUUGAAGUUAUGAAGGCUUUCGGGCUAGCAGCUCUUCUUCAAAUGUCAGCUGAAUUGCUGAAUGACAGACUGCCAGAGGCACGUGAAGCAGCUCGAAGCAUCAUAACUUCAAUUCAUAGUGGGUUCGCAAGACAAAAUGAAUUGAAAGUGGGUGAUGAAACAUCGGAUGCAGAAUCAUGGCAGAAUUUCUGUUCUUCGAACUUGCCUCCCAUUUCAGCACAGUCAGUAGCGAAGAUUGUUUCACAGUAGAUGCCCUCUUCAUGUUAAAUUUUAUGUUUGUAUUCUUUUCAAUGAAAACUAAAGUAGUUGUCAAUGAAAUUUCACGUGGCUAGUUCUUACCAUGUCAACUUUCAUUGCUUUUGAUAAAUUUUUCAAGUAUUAACAUCUUAA